AGGGCUUGGAGUACCGGGUUGUCUCUUUCAUUUUCCGGGUGACCACCAACGAAGCAGGAGUGAAAAUUAAAUUUGAGUGAAAGUGAAAAUAAAAGUUUUCGCGAAUCAUUUAACGGCCUAAUUUACGUUGAGGAAUUGAGUUUUUUCCUAGUAUAUUUCUCAGUGAAAGUGCCCAAGUGAUCUGCCCAAUUUUCAAUAAUGUCAGCUCCAGGGAGGAAACGACCACCAAAAGUGGUCAGACCGAAAAAGAGUGCAUUAAUUUGGUGGGUAGGUACCAAGUUCAGCGACGUAUUACCCCUCCACAGACUUGGUACUAAGGCUGAUAAGACAGUGGGUGCAACAGUGACACUUCCCUGGAAAGACAAGGUCACGGGCAAAUUUACAAAAGCCCAAGCAAAAAUUAUGGCUAUAGACGAUGAGAAAAAAGUACAUAACAUGAUCGUGAAUUCAAAGGGAGAACUCCAGGAUCUAUCUGAAAAAAUAUUUCAUGAUUCUGUCAUUCAGCAGAAAAAGACAUUGGCAGAGAAUGGAAAAAUGGUCCUGAGUAUUGCAAAAUCUAAUAAAAGACGAACAGAUGAAAAAAUAAAAAACGAUUCUGGAAUAUUCAACAAGGCUAUGCGUGAUGGGUUCAGAGGAAAAAGAGGAACAAAUAUUGGAAAUUCAACCGUUACCAGUGGAACCUAUACUCAGAUUGAAUCAGAAAAAGAAGUGCUUCAUGAACAAAGUUAUGCUCCAGGGCCAACGAUAGAUCCUGUUCAUUCAGACCCAAAUUCCAGGGAGAUACGUUCAUGGCGAGAUUCUAACGACGUUAAUGAAUCAAAAGGACAAUCUUUUCAUGCAGAAUCACUUGACGAUUUCACUGCAUUUCAAGCAUGGCGCCGGAUGAACGCGUUCCACAAUCAUGAAACCCAGAAGGCAAGCAAGAGGACAGGGGCCAUCGCCAAUACCGCAGACGCCUACCUAUGGACCUACUCAUAG